CGAUAAUCCUCUCCGUCUACUUCCGCGAUAAUCCUCCGUCUACUUCAGCGAUAUCCUCCGGCGGGCAACGACAUAAACUCUUCUUCGACCAGAUUCCAAUCCCUACCAAGAAGGGAACAGUCCAUCACCUGUCGAGGUAUCAGUAAAUGUGCUGCUGGUUUCUGUGCCAAGUUUCUCAUUGAAGACGGUUUGAAUCAGUCUCAUACUUCACUGGCAAAUGAGAUCUCCACGAAUCCUUGAGGUGUGGAAAAUGGGCACCGUGAAGUACCUUGAAGCACUAAAGCUACAAGAAAUGAUAUCAUCACAAAGAAAAUCCCGUAAAAUAACGGACACAUUGAUAUCUUUACAACAUCCACCAACAUAUACCCUUGGCAAAAGGCGAACGGAUCACAAUUUGUUACUUCCGGAUUCAGAGUUGAAAUCAAUGGGCGCAGAGCUUCACUACACCCAGAGGGGAGGUGACAUUACAUUUCACGGUCCUCACCAGGCCAUCUUGUAUCCCAUCAUAUCAUUGAGAGAUUUGGGUCUCGGGGCAAGGAAGUACGUGGAGAAGCUAGAGCUGACCAUGGUUGUGUUAGCAUCUGAGUAUGGGGUGAAAGCAAUGAGCGGAGGAUCUUGCGGAGAGACCGGUGUUUGGGUCGGCGACAGAAAGAUAGGUGCGGUUGGGGUGCGUAUCUCAUCAGGGGUGACGUCACACGGGUUGGCAUUUAACAUUGAUCCUGAUUUGAGUUACUUUGAUCACAUUGUGCCCUGUGGGAUAUCAGACAAAGGGGUGACUUCCCUGAAAAGAGAGGCAGCAGUAGAUAUGGAGCUUCCGGCAGAAGAUGUGAUUCAGGAUCAGCUUGUUUCUUGUUUUGUAAGAGUUUUUGGUUACAGCGAUGUUGUUUGGAACAAAUCCCCUCCCCUUCGUUGCAAUUGAAUGCUGAUGUUUGUUAAUAUUGCUGACUAGUUGACAUUCAAACUUGUUGUGCAAUAUAACAACAUACUGGUUUUUUUUCUUACGAAGUAUUUAUUUAUUACUUAUAAAAGUUAUACAAUAUAUUUUUAUCUUCAAGGUAGGACCUAAAUUAGUUUAUAAAUUAAAUCAGAGUGCUCAUU